CCCCCCUACCGCAUUGGGCCACAUCCAUAUCGGGAGGGGGGAUCUCUACCGUCUACCGUUCCGCUGGGUCUUGGGCCCCAGAACACCGCCAGCGUGCAACACAAGGCGCUUGCCGAACAACGUUCACAUCGCAAGACGCAAACAAAGCCAAAUACGGGGUACGUAAUGGACACCGACUCGGACAGCCAUGUCCAUGUCCCUCCAAUUUGCUCCCGUUACCAAAAUACUACUCGUCCUCCUCAGUGCGAAUACCCUCCUGGUGUCCCUAUUCGAUAUCGGCCCGUCCCUUGCCCUCCCACCGACGCUGGCCCAGCCGUAUCGGGCCCUGACUCAUGCCACCGCUCCGACGCUGGAGAGGAGGUUGUCGUCGCGUCAUUUGGCGGCGCUGCUUGUGCUCAUCGCGCCGUUGGGUCCUGUGGCGCUGACGGCGGCGUGUGUGUAUACUCAUGCGUUGCUGGUGCCCCCGUCGUACACGUACUCGGUGGGGUUUGUGACCCUCACGCCCCAUGCACCGACGUGGGUGCUCCUUGUCCUACUCGCCCUGUUGACGUCCCCGGUGCUGGCGGUGCUGGGGGUACUCGGUGCGGUGCUCUACCGCUCCCCGCUCCUGCCCGUUCCUAUAAAACGCUUCCGUCCCCCGCUCCCGUUUGUCGGUGCUGAGACACCCAGUGUGCCACGGUCAAGGCGCGCGUUCCCUGCCCCGAGCCCGAGUCCGGCUCCUCCUACGACCAGUUCGAUGCGCGAGUGGGUCACCCAGCUCACACCCGCCACACCAGGUGGAGGCGGUUAUUGGUGCUCUUCAGCGUAG